GCAGUCGACCCAUCUGAUACUAAAAUCGAAUUUCUAUCUGAGUCAAGUCUCAUGCUAGGCUGGAAAAAACCUAACCCUCCUGGUGACGUGAUCGCUUAUUAUAUCAAAGCAACAGCUACUGGAAUUGUUGAUACACAACCAGUCCUAAUAGUAAUAGGCCUAAAUAAAGAGGCUGCAGCAAUUAGUUCAUUGAAGUCUUGCACUAAGUAUAAUUUGUUUUUGCAGUCGGCAUCAGAGGAUAUGCUUUCAAGAGGAGUGAAUACAGAAGGAUGGACAAAAUUUAUGCCGAUUACAGUAAGUGUUGCUAACGUACCUGGCACAAGUGGGGGAAUAUCAAUCAAAAUUACUUCUGGCAACCCUCCCACCUGCAAGCCAUUUUAUAAAAUUACGGCCAAGUUUCCUACAGGGGAAAGGAUCAUAACCACUGAUCAGGCUGGUACGUACCAUUGUAUCUUUCAUGGUUGA